GGAGCUGCACGUCGACUACACCUCCUCCGCCACCCCUCCCCUUCCACCAUUACUGUCCUCUGCAUUGGUGCCGGCGAGCCAAGAUGAUGCGGCAGCAGCUGGUGCGCUCGCUUCGGCGCUCGCGCGGCCUCGCCCCCUUCAAUGCGGCCCAGCAACACCAGCAUUUCUCCACCAGCGGAAGGCGAGCGGCGGAUGUCGAACUCACGGUCGAUGGCCAGAAGGUGUCUGUGCCCGCUGGCACCGCGCUCAUUCAAGCCUGCGAGAAAGCAGGCGUAACCAUCCCUCGGUACUGCUACCACGAAAAGCUCAUGAUUGCCGGCAACUGCAGAAUGUGUUUGGUCGAGGUGGAGCGAGCGCCCAAGCCCGUCGCCUCGUGCGCGUGGCCGGUGCAGCCGAACAUGGUGGUGAAGACGAACAGCCCCAUCACGCACAAAGCAAGAGAGGGAGUGAUGGAGUUCUUGCUGGCCAAUCACCCCUUGGACUGCCCCAUUUGCGAUCAAGGUGGCGAGUGCGAUUUGCAAGAUCAGAGCAUGAGAUAUGGCGCGGAUCGAGGACGUUUCCAUGAGAUUACGGGCAAGCGGGCGGUGGAGGACAAGAACAUUGGACCUCUCGUUAAGACUUCUAUGAACCGCUGCAUUCAUUGCACACGAUGCGUUCGCUUCGCCAAUGACAUUGCCGGUGCUUCUGAACUGGGUAGCACCGGACGUGGUAACUCUCUCGAAAUCGGCACCUACUUGGAAACGGCCCUCGAUACCGAGCUGUCUGGAAACGUCAUUGAUCUCUGUCCUGUCGGUGCACUGACGUCCAAACCUUAUGCAUUCCGCGCACGACCCUGGGAACUUCAACACACCGAGACCAUCGAUGUACUCAACGGCCUCGGCAGCAACAUCCGAGUGGACGCCAGAGGCCUGCAAGUCAUGCGUGUCCUGCCCAGGCUGAAUGACGAUGUCAACGAGGAAUGGAUCGACGACAAGACCCGCUUCGCCAGUGAUGGACUUCUGACACAACGCUUGACUACUCCGCUCAUCCGAAGAGAUGACCAGUUUCAGCCGGCAACCUGGGAACAGGCGCUCUUCGAAAUCACGGAGCAGUUCAAACAGAAGCAGCCCAAGAACGACGAGAUCAAGUUUGUUGCUGGCCAGCUCGUUGAGACGGAAACACUCGUCGCAGCGAAGGAUCUAGCGAACCGACUUGGCUCCGAGAACCUCGCGCUUGACCAGCCUCAAGGCUCGCUGCCUGUGGCCCAUGGUAUCGAUGUGCGAUCCAACUACGCUUUCAACUCCAAGAUCACCGGUGUGGAGGAGGCGGACGUCAUCCUUCUCGUCGGCACCAACCCUCGACACGAAGCUGCCGUCCUCAAUGCCCGGAUACGUAAGCAGUGGCUACGAUCGGAUCUGGAGGUGGGCGUGAUCGGUGAAGACUUCAAGUCUACCUUUGAGUACGAGAACAUCGGCUCGAAUGCCAAUGACCUCAAGUCGGCACUGAACGGCGCGUUUGGAAAGAAGCUUGCAGGUGCGAAGAAGCCGAUGAUCAUUGUCGGCUCCUCUGCAGUUGAGCACGCCGAUGCCAAGAACAUCUACGAAACGAUUGGCAGCUUCGUUGAGAAGAACAAGGCCGUCUUCUCCACUCCGGAGUGGCAAGGCUACAACGUGCUCCAACGCGCUGCAUCGAGGACGGCGGCGUUUGAAGUCGGCUUCAGCGUGCCUAACCCCGAGAUCGCCAACGUCAAGCCCAAGUUCUUGUGGCUCCUCGGUGCAGAUGAGAUCACUGCAGAGGACAUUCCCAAAGACGCAUUCGUCAUCUACCAAGGCCACCACGGCGACCAAGGUGCCGCAUUGGCAGACGUCGUCCUCCCCGGCGCAGCAUACACCGAGAAAGCCGGCACGUACGUCAACACCGAAGGCCGUGUACAAAUGGGCCGAGCGGCAACCUCUCGCUAUGGCGCCGCCCGCGAGGACUGGACCAUCAUUCGCGCCGCCUCCGAAGUCCUGGGCGUUGCUCUUCCCUACGACGAUGUCGAAGCGCUCCGCGACCGCAUGGAGGAGAUCUCGCCCGCUCUCCGGCGCUACGACCUCGUCGAGCCGGCCGGUCUCCCCGCCUUGAGCAAGGUGCAACUCGUGGACCAGAAUAAGGGCAGCAAGGCCAAGGGCGAUGCCAUCAAGUACCCCAUUGAGAACUUCUUCUUCACCGACGCGAUUUCGAGGAGUAGCCCGACGAUGGCGAGAUGCAGUGCGGCCAAGGCGGCCAAGGAUCCCUCUACGAACUUCAUGGCGCCCGGCGAGCCCCAUCCGCAGGUCGCGUAUGGCUCGGGACAGAUCAGCGCUGCGAGCUUCUAGACGUUGCGCAUCAUCAGGAGAGGCAGAAGGUGGCAUUGGUUGGAAAUAGGUGUUUUUAGUGGCGUCGUUUAGGUAUUGUGUGU